AUGGCGGAUCCUUUGAGCAUUACCGCUUCAGUGGUGGCUGUUAUCACAGCCGCCGUUCAAUCAACGAGGUCGCUCUAUGAAACCGUCCAGCGCUACAGAGACCGCAACAAAACUCUACGUAGGCUCCAAGAUGAGCUGGAGGAUCUCAUCAAUAUUUUGGACUCGUUGACAGAAGUGACUAAUGCGGAGACCUCAAUGUUGGCACUUCUGAAAGGUCCUAUUGAUCGAUGCAGCCAAAUAUGCCACGAGUUCGAACAAUCGAUGAAAGCUUUCAGUGGGAAAUCGAAGACGGGUUUUCGAGAUUGGACAAAGAUGGAGUUCAUGAGGGGAGAUAUCAAUGAAUUCAUAGACACUAUCGCAGGGUAUAAGUCAACUAUCUCAGUCGGUCUGGGCACUAUUACUAUGCAUACCUCCAAAGUCUCCCAGCAAGUUCUGCAAGAGUAUAAUGAGAUGAUCAAGGACACAGUAUAUAACCUUGAGGUCCAUUUACAGCAAAUUGAUGAGAAAAUGGCACGACUAACGGUCGAGAACACUAUUACCUCUGACAUAAGCAUAGACUUGAACGACGAGAGAGAAGUGACCAAACAAUGUCUUCGUAUUUGUGAAGACGCAAGGUCUUUUAUUGAAUCCUUGACAAAUCGAGAACCGUCUCUACGACUGGAGCCGGGCCAGAAUGCUACGGAAGACGAGAUGCGAGAUUUCUUUGAAGCACAGUUGCUAACACGCCAAACUCUGGAUAAAAAUCGAGAGAGCUUCGCAGAGAUCAUUGGCCGCCUCCAGGGACGCUUAGAGUCCCUGAUUCUUCACGGUGAUUCUGGAAACGACAAGGAGAGAUUGCGAUUACAGGAGGAUAUCAAUAUCUCGAAGCAGUGCCUAGAGGUGUGCAAAGUGGCUAGCGAAGUUUCCCGUCAGAAGAUAUACAGAAUUGGGGAGGUGAUUGCCGAUGGGGACAGCGAUCAAGUAGUGGUGACUACCUUAGCGGACCUGUUCGAUAUCAAGAAAGCGCAGUCCAAGGGCAAUUCAGCCCAAUUGGUUGGGUCAAUGACGGACGAGUCUCUCCGGCAUCUGGCUGAGAAGCGUUAUAGCAGUCGUUUCGGAGCUGUAUCUAGUGGCUCCAACCCUGCUGGAACUGUCACCAUCAGCUCGCCUUCAGCCACGGGGACUCAAAGGAGUAAACAUACUUCUCCAAUUCAAACUGGCAAUGAGGAGCAGUCUCCCGGACCGAGAACGAGGCAUGAUAAGCCGUCUCCCAACGAGAUGAGGAAAAGGGGAAUGGGCGGCGCAACGGAUUAA